AUUUACGAUCUUUUUCCUUUGGAGGAUUUGUUGGAGACUGAAUUUCAAGACAACGAAUCUGGUCAAUCAACGCCUAAACAAUCACCAAACGGCUCAAUAAACGGCAUAUUAAACGGCAUAAACAACGGAACCCAUAAACCAAUGAUGUUAUCUUCCCCAGCUGCCUCUACAGCUGCUUUGUCUUCCUCGCCUUCUUGUGCUUCUUCCCCCUCUUCAAAUUUGAAAGAAAUUUCUACACCUACCCCAGAUGUAGCUGUUGUUAGAUUAAAACUACUUAGGGUGGAAAUGCCGGAGGAUCAACUACCUCAAAAUUGCCAGUUGAGUGACCUCAGCUGUGCAGUUAAUGUUAAAGAAAAGGUGGAGAUUAAUGGUGAAAACCGUUUAAUCCAAAAAAGAAAAACAAUGCAGCUACAAUGGGAAAAGUGUUUUGAUGUUGGCAUUCUACAAAAUCGGGUACUUCAAAUGCUUGUUCAAAACGAUAAAACACUUGUUGCUGAUGCAACUAUGAGGCUUGAAGAUAUUGUUUGUAAAAGUAAAACUGAUGCAGUUACUCAUAUUUGGAUAAAUCUAAAACCUUGUGGACGUAUUCUGGCCCAAACCUUAAAAAUCGGCAAUGGCUCCCAAGAUCAACUAUCAGAAGAAAGUGGUGCUUCUCAAAUGGCUACCCCAAAAGGAUUUGGUGAUGGAAUUUAUAGACGCAGAGGGGCUAUAAAACAUGCAAAAAUACAUGAAAUCAGAGGCCACGAAUUUGUUACAACCUCAUUCCGUCAAUUUACUUUUUGUUCAAUUUGUGGAGAAUUUAUGUGGGGGUUAAAUAAACAAGGAUAUCAAUGCCAACUUUGCACACUAGGCAACGGUACACAAAAAAUGUCAUGAAAAAACUCUAAGUCAAUGCCCGGGCUCAGCUAAAAAUACAAAAGAUACAAUUUACCUUAAAGAACGUUUCA